GGAGUGGAAGCGACAGGCGCGCUCAUCUCGGUGGGACUGAACGCAUCGAAGACCGGAGACGGGAGAGAAGAUCACCCGGUUUGCGUCCGUCAGGAGCCCCAGACCGCGGUGAACCAUGCUCACAACAAGUCUCUCCGCGGGCAGCAGGACUUAAAAAGCUGCGCUCCAUCCAUCUGGACACUUUUUACAUUUACUCUCGCCCCUUCCCCUUAUAUCUCCCCCCUCAGCCCCCCGUUUGAUAAGGAAGAUAAGAGUCCAGGCAGUCAUACUCCUGCUUCCAUUUCUCUUCGGGUGAGCUAUUUAACCCCCAGUUUGACGGACAGUCGGCCUUUCACUCAAGCGCGAUGUGGAAGACCGGGACCCUGCUGCUGCUGUGGGUGCUGUUGGCGUCCGGCGAACUCCAGCAAGAGACGGGGACGCGGAGACUCCCACCCCCGGGAAAGUUGGAUUUCGGUUAUGUGCCUGCGGGAGUUUACGAGACACUGGCUCAUUACGAACCGGGGCCGAUAGGGAUCCUGUUCCACAUGGUGCACGGGUUUCUGCAUGUCGUGCAACCCAACGCGUUCCCACAAGAUCUUAUUGUCAAACUGGCAAAGGACAAGUUUGGAGCCAUUCAGACGGAAUAUCAAAAGCCAGAGAACAUAGUGCUGACCCUUCAGGCCAUCUACUACGAGAUAGGCUUCCUAGUAUGUGCGGCUGUGGGCCUGCUGUUUGCCGUUCUGAUGCCGAUAGUCGGCCUCUUCUUCUGCAUGUGCCGCUGCUGUGACAACUGUGGCGGCGAGAUGCACCAGCGCCAGAGGAAGAACGCAGACUGCCGGCGUGGCCUGCUGGGAACACUGCUCUUCUCCACCUCACUGGUCAUCACGAUCGGAGUACUGUGCGCAUAUGCUGCCAAUCAGAACCUGAGCUCUCAGGUGAAGAACAUACGGAGACUGGUCAACAGCAACAUGAGGGACCUGCACACCUUCGCUAAUGACACGCCAAUGCAAAUUGAUUACCUAAUAUCCCAAUACGCCACAGCCAAGAACAAAGUCAUCUAUGACCUACAUAAUAUAGGUCCAUUAUUGGGUGGAAGGAUACAUGAUCAGCUGGAUAAGGAGGUCCAUCCUGCCUUGGACAGAGUGCUCAAUAUGGCUGGAGCCAUGCGAGAAACCAAGGAGGCCCUGGAGAAUGUCAGUGUGGGUCUGGAGCUCCUCCAGGAAGGAACGGGGAAACUCAACUUUAACCUGAGUCUGGUUCGGACCAGUAUCAACCGCACCCUCAAUGACCCGGGCUGUCAUGACGAGAAGUCAGACGCCACGUCUGCUCAGCUGUGCCGCAAUAUCCGCCAGUCGUUGUCUCAGCUGCAAAUCAGCGCCAACUUCACACGGCUACCCAAUGUGAACACUCAGCUGGAAAAGAUGAAUGAUGUGUUGAAAACGGACCUCAGUGCUAUCGUCCAAAGGGGCUACUCCUCUUUCAACGACACGCCAAAUAUGGUGAUUGAACAGACCAGAAGUGUUGUGGAAAGUAUACAGGGUUUGGUUGACGGCAUUGGCAAUAACAUCAGCAGCUUCUCCAAGGUAUUCCCUGUGCAGAGUUGCCUGUCCAACUUCAGUAUCUUCGUCAACCAUGCCCAUGCCAAGAUCGAGGACUACUACCCUGAAAUUGACAAAAUGGACUUCUACAGGUGGAUUGGCUGUAUUGCUCUUUGCUGCAUGGUGGUCCUGGUCCUCACCUUCAAUUACCUGGGCCUGCUGUGUGGCACCCUGGGAUACGACAAGCACGCUUCACCUACAACACGAGGCUGCAUCUCAAACACAGGAGGAACGAUGCUCAUGGCCGGCGUUGGAUUUAGUUUCAUCUUCUCCUGGGUGCUGAUGGGAGUGGUGACCACCAUCUUUCUGGCUGGAGGAAACAUGGAGAAACUGGUGUGUGAACCGUUCCACACCAAAGAAGUCUUCAAGGUUGUGGACACCCCAUAUCUGGUCAACCCAGAGUGGAAGAACUUCAUCCCUGGCUACAUGUACAACGACUCCAACCUGGAGCUGACGGCAGAGAGCUUGUACAGUACUUGUAAAGAGAACAAAGGCAUCUACUCAGCUAUGCGUCUGGACAAAGUCUUCAACAUCUCCUCUUUCCUGAACACUACAGUGUUUACGAAGGACGUUGUGAGUCAGCUGGACAGUGUUAAGAUCGACCUGAGGGGAAUAAUCCUGUUAGAAGCAGAGGGGAAGCAGAACCUCCUGGAUUUCUCCGAGGUUGGGCUGUCAGAAAUCAACUAUGCAGACUACCUGGAAGAGGUCAACAAAGGAGUCACUGUGGUGGACCUGCUCUCAUUUGCCAGAGAGCUAGAGGCCCAGACAGACCUCAUGCCCAGAGGCGCUCUGCAGACUGCUCUGAAAGGCCAUGUCGGCACUCUGCGGCAGAUCCACAGUCAACAGAUCAUCCCCAUGGAGCAGGCCAUGAGUGCAUUGAACCAGAGUAUGAGGUUCCUGGAGAGGACAGCCUCAGAUCUGCCAAACAAAGUUCUAGCAGUUCUCGAUGCCAUCGAAGCUGCCCAGUACCUCAUCUCCCAGAAUGCUACACGUUUAGUCAAACGGGAAACAGGGAAAUACACAGCGACGAUUGUUGGCUACUUCCAUCAGUACAUAGAAUGGGUCAAAACAUCUUUGGCCAUGGAGGUUGCACCAUGCAAGCCCUUCAGCAACAUGGUGGACACGACAGAAAUUCUUGCUUGCAGCUUCUUUGUCGACUCUAUGAACACAUUCUGGAUGGGCCUGGGCUGCAGCACUCUCUUCCUGCUUCCGAGCAUCAUCCUAGCAGUGAAACUAGCCAAGUACUACCGCAGGAUGGAAACAGAGGACGUUUAUGACGACAUUGAGACAAUUCCCAUGAAAACUAUGGAAAUUGGUAAUAAUGGUUAUCAUAGUGAACGCUCACAAGGUAUCCCAAAUCCUAUGUUGACAAGCAUCCCUACCUAUGACACUAUGAACAGGUUCCCGCGGGCCUCGGCUCCUCCGAGGCACAUCGACUGGUGACAGAGAGCCGGCUCUUGUUCUGGCUCCUGAAAGUGCCCUCGAAAACUGGAACUAAAAUACACCAUACUGUUUGUUUGACGACACCCUCAGACCAGAAGAAGCUCGAUAAAAGCUGGUUUCCCUACAACAGAAGAAGCCCUUUGGAUGUUUUUCUCUUUAGCGAACAACUCAACCUCUUCAAACAGGCAGAUCACAGCCUGCAGUACAGUUACCUGCUCCCCAAUAUCCUCUGACUCCUCUAAGAAACACUGCCUGCAGGACAUCAAACUCUUCUCCCUCAGCAUCAAUCUGAGCCAGGCUUGUUGUGCGUUUUUCAAAGGACUGCUGUGUCUGCGUUUACAUUUGUUCAGAAAAAAAGCUGAAAAUAUAUAUUCAGCAAGAGGACAUAACAAUAACUGUGAUGCCUGUUCAAUUCAAUGUACUUGUUUAUGCGUAAGAAGACAGCGGCUGAAAGGUCACUCGGAGGUCAUGGCAAGCUGUUUCCACUGCACUUCAAACGGAUGUUAUCACAUUCAACACAAGCAGCAUGUGUGAGUUAGGUGGUGUGCAGUAUCUUAAUGUCUAAAACCUGGAUGAUUUGAACAAAGUGGUAGAAAUACAGGCACAGGUUGUUCCCAGGUGGAUUUUUGUGAUUAAAAUGAAAAAAAAAAUUAGCAUGACUUUUUAAAAAAUGUUUACAAUAUAACAAAACAUCCAGAGUUUGACUGGUUUGGGGAAAAUUGCCUUUCAGAUUUAUGUGUCACCCUGGUAUUUCGACAGAUGUGCUCCUACACACAGGGAAAAUCCACCCAUAGAUGAUUUUACACUGUUAAAAAUCAAUCUGUGAUAUUAAAUUCUUGUUUAUAAGGCUGAUCAAUAUGGUAAUUAAGUAAACAAAUUAACAAACUACAUUUUAGACCAGUUAUUUCAAAAUAAUUGCAAAGGUACUCUUUAAAAUUAAGCAAUUUAUAGUUGCAGCCCCUCCUCACAGGUCAUAUAUAUAUAUCAAUGAAUGGUACAAAUUUUAACCAAAGACUUUUUUACCUACACAGAUUAAUUGAUUUCAAUAGGUUUUAAAACCUGAAAAAAAAAUCACAUAGAUUAGAGAAGUCAGACAACAAUGUUGUAUUUAUAUUCCAUAAUGCACAAAAGAAAUGUGUUUUUAAAACCGAUCAGAUUAUUCUCAGGACCAUGUAGUGAGCCUCACCCCCAGGUUGGAUAGCACUGUUUUAGACAGCUAAGAAGCACAUCCCCGUUUUAGCUGUAUCUGACCUCAACAUCCUGAAAUCAGUUUGGCCAUUAACCCUAGAAACAAUAUACCACAAAACAACAUCAAUCAAAAAAUGCAUCACCAAAUAGCAGUUUACCAACAGUGUAGGUAUUUAGGGUGGAUUUUCCCUUUAAUUCACAUGAUAAAGUCAGAGAUUAUAAUAUGUCACACUCUAUGAAUAAGGUGUAUAGAUUGUUCCAUAGGUAAUGAAUCGAUUAACAACAAAAGCUAUCAUGUUGAGUUCACUAACAGGACAUUUUUACUGAGAUAUUUCUUGCUUGCAUAGUGAUGAAACUUUUAAAGUGGAGAAAUAUUACUUUCUCAAGCCAAAUUGUUUUUUUUACUGUAGGUCUCAGGUCUUCUUUAGUGGUCUAUCAAUUAUGUGCUUAUUUUGUUUCUGCUUUUUAAAACCCCACAGUAGCUAUGGAUACAUUUGAGAAUGAUUGAACAAGUGAAUGUAUUCAAGAGCUAUUUUUUAUUUUCUAUUACUUGAUGAUCUUGGCUGUUAAAUAUGCUGAACUCUAUCACUAACGCAUUGGGCAAGCCAAUCCAGUAAUCCCACCCACCUCACCUCCAUGUUUACAGGUUAGAUUUGCAGCUGCUGUCAGCGUAGUUAUGAUGGUGAACGAUUAUAGACAAUCCAUUCAUGAGGCAAGUGAGUGCUGUCAAUCAAAUAGUAGUAAACCAGAAGAAUGCUUUAUGGUCUACACAGCUAAACACAAAAUCACUGCACUCUGGUGGUGGUGUUGAUGCACACUGUCAAAAAUAAUGUCCAUCUUAACACAGAAAGUUUGAAUUUAACUCGUCUGGCUUAUUAUCUCUGAGUAUGCUAACAUUGCAAUAGCGGAAUAAGCUAACAGUAAGUACCUUAGAGUACCAAAUGUAAGGGUAGGCUACUAAACAUAUAGGAUUUUACAUUUAGUAAUCAACAAGGUGAAAUGAGUAAUAUAUUUUCAAUAUAUUUUGGUGAUUUUAAGAAAGAGCGGACACAAUUUUUAAACAACCUUGAUGCUAGCUUCUUGUUGCAUCAAAGGUGUCACUUGAUCCACAAAACCGGCUCAUUAGCAUUGAAAACUACAGAAAAUAUCUCCCGUACCGUAUUACCUUUUUUAUGACCAUUACGUCACAUAGACAAACUAAUUUCACGAAUCAAAAGGAAUAGCCUUUUAUCACAAAUAUACUUAUUAUAAUAUUAUCCAAACUAGUUAGCUAGUAGCUACAGCUAGAAAGCUAGCUAACUUUCUUGUUUUUAUAUAGUAGUUAAUUUACUACUAUAUACUGUAUACUACAAUAUACGUAGUAAUAGUAUACACAAGCAUUGUAUGUACCAGUAUUUGAAAUAAAAUCUUGCUGUGGUGUAAAUUCAAAAUGGCUUCCGUUAGCGUAAGAUUACAUUUGUUUGUUUUUUUUCUUACCCAGGUUCUUGUUAAGAUGGACAUUUUUUGAUGUGUCUUCACUUUGACAGGACUAUCAUUGGUUUUCUUGUCUGCUAAAGUCUGGAUGUGACCCAUCUUGGGAGAAAAACGGUAUGAUUUUACUAAGUGCUUAAACUAGAUAUUGUGUAUCCGAACCCUGGAUGGAUGCUGUCAGUGGUUUGAACUGUGAUGCUCCAGUGUUGGGCACUGAUGGAGCCACUGAAGAGGAACUUUUUAUGUGGUGUUGAAAAGAGAGUGUAUAAAUUGUGAAUAAA